AUGAAGCCUACGACAUUCCUCUUCUUUGCCGUCAACUACCUCGGCUUGGCCUCCGCUGCGUCCAUCACCAACCCCGACGACAGCAUGCACGCUAUGGAAAAGCGAGCUUGCUUCAGCAGUGGGGCGAACUUCGGAAACGAUCAAAACGCCGCCUUAAACGCCGCCCGGACAGCCUGCAACGGUUACCUUAAGGGCAAAUACAACAAGCGCGAAACCCGUGUCAAAUGCUACAAUCUCAGCAGUAAUAAGCACGUGAAGCUCACCGUCGGCCUUACAGGCCCCAAUGCUGGUUCGACGCGCACAAUUGGUAGAGACGAGUGCUACAACGGCCUUACGAAGGAGAUCAUCAAAUGCAGUAAGGGGGGUGAUACAACCUACGGGAAUUGGCGCUAUAGGCAAGUACUUUUGCCUUGUUCCCGCGUUAUACAACUCUUCAUUAAGCGUAACUAA